AUGGAUAACCAUGACUGCUACGACACAUCCAUCUAUAACUCGAGCACCAAGAUCGGUCCGGACGCAGACAUUGCUGGCGUCGGCGUGAUCAGCGCGUUUGUCGCUGCGGCGGGCCUCGCCAUGAUCGCGGCUUUUGUGUAUUCCAUCCUCGAUAACAUUCAUCCUCGCCCUAAUCGAUGGUGUGAAAUUAUCGAGCAGCUCAUCUAUGGCCUCAGCGACCAGCAACUGGUGACCGGUCUCGCUGUCCUAACCGCGGGCUUUGUUCGGUGGAACACGGUUCUGACCUAUCACCUCGAGAUCGUUACGGAUCUGGGCUUCAUCUCGUCUAACACGCACCUGGCUACUCUUGCUGCAUUAGGGAAACCCCUAAGAGAAUGA